AUGCCUACCAAGUCAUUAUUCCCUAUUCACAUUAUUGAUCCAACAUAUAAAGAUAUAAAUGAAUAUGCAAAAGAUUAUGAUUAUGAUUUACGUGGUGUACCAAUAUCAAAAUGGAUAUUGAUCAUAAAUAAUCCAUUUAUUUAUUUAAAAUAUUAUUUAGAAAAUUACUCAUUUCUGUCAUAUUUACUACCGGUGAUAUUAUUUUUGAUAUUUUAUAUUUUAAUGAAUCUUAUUGAAAGUAUCAAUUGUUUAUAUUCUACGAUGAAAAUUACCAAAGAAUGGAAAACAUUUACAGAUAAAUAUUAUCGUCCAGUAUCAACUGAACACAAGCCAAAAGACAUUAAUUUUAAACGAUCAAAACAAUCUCAUGAACAAUGUAAAGAAGGUAAUUCAAAAGUUACAGAAGGACAACAGAAAGAAGAUUUAAUACACCUUGUUCUUACCUGUCUACCCAAUCAUAUGAGAAAAUUACUAACCAUUACAACUGAAGACGAUAAAGUAUCGAAUGAAACGAAUACAGAAUCAAUUGAUGAAAAAAUUCAGCUUCAGGAAAUUGAAAAUCAAGAUUGGAUAAACGAAUACAUAUCUAGAGUUUGUGUUGCAAUGAAACGAGCUGCAAAGUAUCAAAAAAUAAAAUCUUAUCCUUGCGAAGAAUGGAAUUCUCUUGUGUGCAACAAUGAAGACGGUAACGACCAAAAUGAAGGUCAUGAAAAGAAUCCUAACAGUAUAAAAGAAGUUGAUUCGUCCAAAAUGAAAACACAACUAGUAGAUAAUGAUCACAAGAAUGAUGAAAAUAGUGAGAAGCAAAAGCCGCUAUUAGAAUUUCACUUCAAAGGAACUGGUGAAUUAUCUGGUACUAGGCAACAGAAUUCGUUAGCACCGAUUUCACACAAAAAACGAAAUAAACGCUAUCAAUCAAAACAACGCUUAAUGAAAUUUAAUAGACCGUUGUACUUAACAACUGAACAAGCAUUGUUUAAAGAUAGUCGUCAAGUACCAAAUCCAUAUAGUCUAUUAUAUAGACAGAAUAGUUAUCAUUAUUAUUACCCAAGACAUCAUAAGAGGUAUAAACGGUCUGAAGAAAAAAUUUGGAAGAGCUACGAAUAA